AUGCUCGAAGAUAUAAAAGCUGUCAAGAUGAUGGGACUCGAAGUCGUCUUAUCUGAUAUCAUUACUCGAUGCCGGAAGGUCGAACUCGGUGCCUCUAAGCGAUUUCGAAAGCUUCUUGUAGGAGUCGUUAUGCCAUCAUCUGUUUCUGUGGACCUUUCACCGUACGCAGUCUUCCUCGUGUAUACAAUUAUAGCUGUGGCCAAGCAUGAUGCGCAGAUCCUCACUGCACAGGCAUUCACCACAUUGUCUCUUAUCUCCAUCUUGACAACUCCUUUAAUGUCGUUCAUCCAGUCACUACCUACAGUAACACAGUCUAUAGGCUGCUUCGACUGGAUUCAGAGUUAUUGCCUACGAGAAAGAUCAAGUGAAUUUCUUCCUACCCAUACAAAAUCUGAAUUUUUGAUAGAUGGUGGUAUCGAACUUUCACAGGUUUCCAGGGCUAUCAAGGCCCCUAGAAGAUCAGUUUCGUGCGACCAAUUCGUGCCAUUCCAGAACACGUUCAUAUCUUGGACAGCUGAAAGCUCUCCCGUUGUUCACGACCUAACUCUGUCCAUUCCUACAGGCAAAAUCGUUAUGGAGGUGGGUUCAGUCGGGUGUGGAAAAUCCGUUCUUCUACGCACGAUCAUGGGUCAAACUCAGAUUGAUCGUGGCACCGUGUACCGUGCCCCGGAAAAGAUAGCUUAUUGUCCACUGGACCCUUGGAUCAUAAAUAGCUCCAUCCAGGAUAACAUCACUGGAUGGACGCCAUUAGAUCGGAAAUGGUAUGAACUUACCAUCUCGGCUUGUGGACUCGAGGACGAUAUAAGCAAAUUCCCUCAAGGGAGCAUGCACAUUGCUGGCAGUAGUGGAAUAGCCCUCAGUGGUGGGCAAAACAGCGAGUGGCUCUUGCGCGCGCAGUCUACUCUCGGCUCCCCAAUGUAG